UACAGAAACAGACUUCUAAUAACUGAAGAGCAGAUCACUCAUCAUGAAACAGGAGUCUGAAGAUCCUACAAAGAAUGACUCUCAAAAUCUCCAUUCUGACACUCUUACUUUUAGUUAUAUGCAUGUCCAGCUGGAGGAACAUGUGCAGCCAGAGCUCAGCACCAAAGACAUGAUCAUGGAAAAAGCAAAAGUGGCCUGUUCAAGUAGUCCCAAAAUUCUGGCCAACUUUUUCUUUAAGCUUUUCCCAGUGCUGCAAUGGCUUCCAAGAUACAAAAUUAAGGAAUAUCUUCCUGGUGACAUUACAUCUGGAAUUAUUGUGGGCAUUGUUACCAUUCCUCAGUCCAUAGCUUAUUCCUUAUUGGCAAAUCAAGACCCAAUUUAUGGACUAUAUACCAAUUUCUUCUGCUGCAUCAUCUAUUUCUUGACAGCAACAUCUCGCCAUAAUUGUGUUGGUACUUUUGGUGUCCUUUGCCUUAUGGUUGGUGAAUCUGUAAGCAAACAAUUGAAAGCUGCAGGGUAUGAUACAGAUGGAGAUACCAUUGCAGUUAUAAAUUCAACUACCAAUGGAACUAUAUGUGGAAGAAGCUGCUAUGCCAUUACCGUGGCUACAUCUAUAACAUUCAUUGCUGGUGUUUAUCAGAUUAUUAUGGGUAUCUUCCAGUUAGGAUUUAUUUCCAUGUAUUUGUCAGAACCUUUGCUCAGUGGCUUUGUGACCGGAUCAUCCCUCACAAUUUUGACUUCACAGAUGAAAUAUCUCCUAGGCUUAAAGAUUCCUCGCCGUGAUGGUGCUGGUGCUCUGGUUAUGACUUGGGUUGACAUAUUUACUAAUAUAAAAAGCACAAAUAUAUGUGAUUUGGUUACUAGUAUAGUAGCUAUAGCAGUCAUUGUUCCAAUCAAAGAAAUUAACGAUAGAUUCAAAAGUAAAAUGAAGAUACCCUUUCCUGUAGAGUUGUUAGUUAUUAUAGUGGCCACAUUGGUUUCCUACUAUUUCAACUUUAAGGGCAAUUAUAAGUCAUCAAUUUGUGGGUCCAUUCCCACAGGUUUCUUAGUACCUAAAGCACCUGACUGGAGUCUGAUUCCAAGCAUUGCUACUGAUGCUAUUCCAAUUGCUAUUAUUGGAUUUGCAAUGACAGUCUCACUUGCUGAAAUAUUUGCCAAAAAGCAUGGGUAUACAAUCAGAAGCAAUCAGGAGAUGAUAGCUAUUGGCAUGUGCAACAUCAUUCCAUCUUUCUUUCAUUGUUUUACUAGUUGUGCUGCUUUGGCUAAAUCUCUUCUUAGAGAAUCCACAGGGGCCAAAACUCAACUUAAUGGCAUAAUCAGUUCUCUUGUCCUGUUACUUGUGCUUCUGGCAAUUGCCCCACUUUUCUAUUCACUACAAAACUGCAUUUUAGGAGUUAUCACUAUAACCAGCCUCAGGGGCGCACUUAGAAAAUUUUCAGACACUCCAAAAAUGUGGCGGGUUAGUAGAAUUGAUACCAUUAUCUGGUGGGUGAGCAUGCUGGCAUCAUCCUUAAUCACAACCGAAAUCGGGUUGCUAGUUGCAGUUUGCUUCUCUAUCUUUUGUGUUAUAAUUCGCACUCAGAGACCAAGGGCAACACUUCUAGGCAAAGUCAGCGGCACAGAAAUAUAUGAAGACCAAUUCACAUAUAAAGAGCUUAGCAAUAUACCAAAUGUAAAAAUAUUUCGUUUUGACACUUCACUCUAUUAUGCCAACAAGGAUUAUUUCAAGAACAGUCUGUAUAGUAAGACAGGUAUUAACCCUUCCUUAGUGUCUGCAUUACAGAAAAAGGCUAAAAAGAAGCGAGAGACUGAAGCAGGACAAGCAAGAUUUAGUUUUAUUUCAAGAUUCAGCAUAAUGAAAACAGUCAAUAAGGCCCAUAAUCAGUCAGAAAUCUCUGAACCACAUAUUGAUAUUCACUCUCUUGUCAUAGAUUGUGGUGCCUUGCAGUUCAUAGACACUGUGGGCCUUUCUGUACUCAAGGAGGUGCGUAAUGACUAUGAAGAGAUAGGAGUGCAAGUUUUCCUAGCCAAUUGCAACCCAUCUGUGAGACGCAUGCUCACUGAUGGAAGCUACUUUAGUAAAAAAAGUGAUGAUGCAGAGCUGAUUGCUUUUCAUAGUGUUCAUGAUGCUGUUAACUUUGCUGAACGAAAGUAUUGUGAUAAGCAAUUGGAAAUUCAGAUGAAUGAAGCUGCAUUCUCUUUUGACCCAAAUCAAGCGAUCAGUGAUGAACUAAGAAAAUAGUCACUGGCAAAGAGACAGAUUAAUGAUAAGAUAAAAUGUCUGUUUAUUCACAUUUAUAGUGAACAAUCCUCCUUGCCCCAAUAACUGGAAAGCACUUGGUUAUAGUUGUUUUUUUUUUUUGUUUGUUUUUUUAUAUCACUAAAAAAAAAAAACUGAAAGGCAAAAUAAUUUAUAAUUAGAGACUUACAAUUCUAAAAUUAAGACAAAAUUAUUUUUUUAUGUAUAUUUUCUGAUUCUGUAUAAAGUUAAAAGUAAUAGAUUGUAAAUACACUUGGUCUCAUAUUUACGUGCAUAUGUACAAACGAAAUUGUACAUUAACUGUUUAUGAUGUUUCUAUUGCAGAAAAAGAAUAAAUUAGCACACAUGAAUCUAUCAUGUAAUGAAAGGAAUGUGAAUAUUUCAAUUUUUUUGUUACUUUGUAUCAUAACUGUUCACUCAUUUGCAAACAAACAUUGCAACUAUGUGUUAAUAAAAAUAAUUAAAUAAUUA